UUUAAAUAAACUUCACAUUCAACUGUUUCUUAAAGUUCACAUCUUUUUCUUCCGGGCUUUUGAUAAUUCUUUGGAAGCAUGCAAGUUCGAAGAGGGAAACGAUCUGUGGCAUUUUGGCCGUCAAUUGUGAUGAAAAAAUGGUUAAAUAUUCAUCCAAAGAAUAAUGAUUUUAGUGAAGACGAAAUGGAUACUGAAAGUGAAGAUGAUGGUUCCUCUCAUAAAGAGGAGAAUUCUCCUAUAAUACAAAGGAACAUGUCUACAUGCUUGAGCGAAGCCUCAAAUGUGACGCCUGUAAAACCAUUGGUAAAACACAAAAGGGGGAAAUCUGAGGAUCUUCACGGUAUUAAAACGAAAGAUCUGAGGUUAAUGAUCGGGACUUGGAAUGUUGCGGGAAGGCUUCCCCCUGAUGGCCUUGAUGUCGACGAUUGGCUUAGUAUGCACCAACCGGCUGACGUAUAUAUUCUCGGUUUUCAAGAAGUUGUUCCUUUGAAUGCGGGGAAUGUGCUUGGAGCCGAGACUCGAGCACCGAUUAUAAAAUGGGAGGCAAUCAUUCGAAAAUCUCUUAACAAAUCACAAGAACCUGAAUACAUACCUAAAAGCUAUAGUGCCCCGACCUCUCCUGUUGCCGAGCUCAAAAGCAAUGUGGAUUUCCCGUCAACGACAGAAAUCACCGAUCCCGAAAGGAAAGAGAUUACUUGGUUAACGGGAUUAUACGGCCUCGAUUGGCCCGAAUACACAUUGGAUAGAAAACAAGAUAUUUGUUUUUCAGCUAACAAUUUCGGUCCGCGAGACCAUGUGGUUGAUCCUGGGGGUUUGAGAAUAGUGCGUCAUAGCUCGUGCGACAUGGGUUUGCUUUGGACGGAGAAACAAGAGAGGGCCGAUCUUGUUGAUUCUCUCUAUGAUUUAUCCGGACAACUGAUGGAAGAAGAAGAUGAUUCUCUCAUGGACGGAAUAAAAGUUGAACAAGGAAAUCCACCGAUAACUAGUGGCCGAAAAAUUGAUAGGUAUGUGCGAAUCGUAAGUAAGCAGAUGGUGGGUAUAUACCUUUCGAUUUGGGUUCGUAAAAGGUUGAGAAGGCAUAUCAGCAACGUAAAAGUAACGCCCAUUGGCAUCGGGCUAAUGGGCUACAUGGGAAAUAAGGGAUCUAUUUCUGUUAGCAUGUCUCUUUAUCAAACACGCAUAUGUUUCGUUUGUUCUCAUUUGACAUCCGGACACAAGGACAAGGAUGAUGGGAGGCGCAACUCUGAUGUUAAUGAAAUCUUGAGACGAACUCAUUUCUUAUCGGUAUUAGACCAUGAUCAACCUAAAACAAUUCCAUCUCAUGACCAGAUAUUCUGGUUUGGCGAUUUGAAUUAUCGUAUCAAUAUGGCAGACGCAGACGUCAGAAAAAUUGUUGCCCUGAAGCAGUGGGAGAAACUGCUAUAUAACGAUCAGUUAUGCAAAGAGCUUAGAAGCGGGUGUGAAACUCCAAAAGAAGAGGAGAAAAGAAGAACACCAGCAUGGUGCGAUCGUAUUUUAUGGAAGGGAAAAGGCAUUGAACAACUUCGUUACGAAAGUGUGGAUUCACAAAUGUCCGAUCAUCGGCCCGUUAGAUCAGUUUUUUCAAUUGUGGUUAAGGUCUUUGACCCUACAAAGAUUCGUCGAGCUCUUGAUUUGACCAUUCCGUUCAUCCAGAUAUAAUCAUGCAUGGAGGAGUUAAAAUUAUCACAAAGAGGUUUAAGUUCCAUAUUCUUGUUCGUUGAUGAGAUUAUUAUUGAUGUUGGUUUUAUAAAUUCUUCAAGUGAAAGUGGUUUUACACUUAAUUACGACAUGGAUUUGUAAUAAUAUAGUAACUCAUAAGUUUACCCC